AUGGAAACAUUUAUCCGAUUAGCUGAUGUUGUGCCUGAGUUUGAGGCCGACUACAAUAGCAUGACUGAAACAGAGCACACAAAAUACACUCUUGCCAUCCAGCAAGAGGAACUGAAAGCCAUGUGGAGGAAAGCAAAGAUAGCGUACGAAGAGUAUUUAAGUUCAGGUGCGGUAGAAGCAAAAUCAGCCUCAGUGAAGGCUAAGUAUAAAAGCACCUAUUCUACUUAUCUGCGCUGCAUGUCGAACAUGGCAGAAUUCCAUGCGAAGCUCGUCAAAAGUGACAAAGAUACCGAGGAUAUGUCGGCCAGAGAACACAACAUCCAUCUCCCACCGUGUGAUACGGAUGUGUUCAAAGGCGAUUAUCUCUCGUGGCCUACAUUCCGUGACAUGUUUACGGCCAUUUAUAUCAAUAAUAAGCGCCUCACUCCUGUAGAAAAGUUGUUUCAUUUGAACCAGAAAACUCAGGGGGAGGCCAAAGAGAUUGUUAGCAAAUGUGAUGUUACAAACGAGGGCUUCAAUACUGCAUGGAAAAAGCUAUGUGAUAGGUUCGAGAAUAAACUCAUUCUAGUGAAUUCGCAGAUAAAAAUUCUUUUUAACCUAGAGUCAGUAGAAA